AUGGCAGCGCCGCUCUACACCACAGCCUCUGGCCAGCUGUAUCACGCUGGUAAGAUUCUCAUCGCAACCGUUGGUCUUCCCGCCCGAGGCAAAACGCAUCUUUCGCACGCCAUCGAGCGAUACCUUACAUGGCUUGGUGUCAAGUCGGGCGUAUUUUCACUCGGUGACCACCGUCGCAAGGUGCUUGGAGGGGCUGACAAGAUUCCAGCCGACUACUUUUCCACGGGUCCCAAGAGCGAAAGUACCGAAAAAUUACGCAAAAGCAUCCUCGAUGAUUUCGACGACACUGUUAUAGACUUUUUCUUCGAACAAGGUGGACAAGUGGUACUGUACGAUGCAAACAAUUCGGUGCAGAGCAGAAGAUAUGCAAUUCGCGAAAAGUACGGCAAACUCGGGGUGCAUGUCAUGUUCCUGGAGAGCAUCUGUACUGAUCCCAAAGUGGUCGAGGCCAACGUGCGAAGCGUCAAGCUGAGCAGUCCUGAUUACACCAACUGGGACCCGGAAAAGGCGAUGCAGAACUACUACGAGCGUAUCGCAGGACACGAAAAGAGCUACGAGCCAAUUGAAAAUCCCAGCUUCCCAUACAUCAAGCUUAUCAACGUAGGAGAACAAGUGGUGGUCAACAACAUCCAAGGCUAUCUGCAGUCGCGUAUCGUUUUUUUCUUGAUGAACAUCCACAACCGACAUCGAACCAUCUAUCUCGCUCGAGCGGGCGAGGCGCUGGUUGAGCAUCUGUACAAGGCCGAUGCGGAUCUCUCUUCGCUUGGUUGGGAUUACGCAGACGAGCUAGCACAUUUCAUGCUCAACCUGCGAAGGAAGAAAGCUGGUCUUGCGCCUAUUGAAGCAAACAGAGAUGGCGGCGCAGCGAGCAAGGACAGUUUUAUGGAGCAGGACAGCAAGGCCUUCGAAGUAUGGACCUCGCAACGACGUCGUUCUUCGCACACUGCCUAUCCACUCGCCGAGGCGGGGUACAAAGUUAUCGAACGUUCGCAGUUGAGCGAGAUGAAUCCAGGCAUCGUUGAUGGUAUGACGGUCGAGGAAGUCAAGCGACGCUUCCCCGACGAAUACGAACGCAAGCUGCGCGAGCCUUACUCUCACCGUUUUCCGCGCGCUGAGUCGUACCACGACCUAUCGGUGCGUCUGGAACCCAUCAUCUUUGAACUUGAACGUACGCGCAACGAUGUGCUCAUCAUCGGCCAGUCGUCCGUGUUACGUUGUCUCAUUGCGUACUUGCAGGGACUACAGCCGCACGAGAUUCCAAGCAUUCAAGUGAGGGAGGGGCAAUUGAUCGAGAUCUUGCCCCAGGCCUAUGGAGUCCAGACCGAGGUGCACGAAUUUUGGGAUUCCGUCGCUAGGAGAAAGGAGCGCGAUGCAGCUUUUGACGAUCUCGGAGAAGAGGGUGAGGAUAACACGGCCAAGAAGACCUUGGUACACAUCAAUGAGAUGGUCAUGACCAGCGAUGGAACAGCGGCAACGACGGAAGGAGUUAAGGGAGAACGAAAUUCUAGUCGAUCGCCUGCGAGAUUGCAGUGGGCACAGAGGAGGAACAGUUCGGGUAAGAGUCCAGAGGGAAUCAGAGCUGACAGAGAGGCCAUUCGCGAGUUGGAAGCUCAGCUUAGAGAUAGUCAGAUCAAGCAACACUCGGAACGCCCGAAUUUGUAG